GAGGUAUUGGGGGUAUUAUAGUAAUUUACAAACGGGUCCACAAAAGUGAGCAAUCCAGGGGUAGUGAGAGAGAAGGAAGAAGAGACAGGCGUCUAGAGAAGCUCGCUCAAAAAGUUUUGCACGAACACCUAAAAGUUCAAUGGUCCACAAGGACGGCUGUGGUCGAGAGAGAGAGAGAAGAGAGGACCGCUUCAGAGACCUUAAUCACGAAAGAUCAAAUCACAAUUCAAUACCAAUCCCUUAUCCAAGCAAAAUAAAAACAGACAAAGAACUUCCUUUUAUGAUAAAGGUAUGAUGAUAGCAAACAAAUGAUACCCCCAUGUCUUGAGUGUCUGCUUCAUGCAACAUGUUGGUUUGGAUUUGGUUAAUCUAAAGUUUAAGAUAAGGUUUUCGGAUUCUCUUCCUGUCUUGUAAUAGUUUCUUGUCGGAGAGCCAUCAACAACAACAACUAAAAAAAAAAAGAUUUUUAUUUCCAUUAGAGAAGAAGAAAGAAAAAGGAAAAAUCAAUGGCGAAUCCUUGGUGGGUAGGGAAUGUUGCGAUCGGUGGAGUUGAGAGUCCAGUGACGUCAUCAGCUCCUUCUUUGCACCACAGAAACAGUAAUAACCCACCGACUAUGACUCGUUCGGAUCCAAGAUUGGACCAUGACUUCACCACCAACAACUGUGGAAGCCCUAAUACUCAGACUCAGAGUCAAGAAGAACAGAAUAGCCGAGACGAGCAACCAGCUGUUGAACCCGGAUCCGGAUCCGGGUCUACGGGUCGUCGUCCCAGAGGUAGACCUCCUGGUUCCAAGAACAAACCAAAGAGUCCAGUUGUUGUUACCAAAGAAAGCCCUAAUUCUCUGCAGAGCCAUGUUCUUGAGAUUGCUACGGGUGCUGACGUGGCGGAAAGCUUAAACGCCUUUGCUCGUAGACGCGGCCGUGGCGUUUCUGUGCUUAGCGGUAGCGGUUUGGUUACUAAUGUUACUCUGCGUCAGCCUGCUGCAUCUGGUGGAGUUGUGAGCUUACGUGGUCAGUUUGAGAUCUUGUCUAUGUGUGGUGCUUUUCUUCCCACUUCUGGUUCUCCGGCUGCAGCUGCUGGGUUAACCAUUUACUUAGCUGGAGCUCAAGGUCAAGUUGUGGGAGGUGGGGUUGCUGGCCCGCUUAUCGCCUCUGGACCGGUUAUCGUGAUAGCUGCUACGUUUUGCAAUGCCACUUAUGAGAGGUUGCCGAUUGAGGAAGAACAACAACAAGAGCAGCCGCUUCAACUAGAAGAUGGGAAGAAGCAGAAAGAGGAGAAUGAUGAUAACGAGAGUGGAAAUAAUGGAAACGAAGGAUCGAUGCAGCCACCGAUGUAUAAUAUGCCUCCUAAUUUUAUCCCAAAUGGUCAUCAAAUGGCUCAACACGACGUGUAUUGGGGUGCUCCUCCGCCUCGUGCUCCUCCUUCAUAUUGAUAGUUAGAUAGGCGGUGGUUGGUGCGUUCUUUUUGCUGGAAUGAUUAUAUUUCCCAUUAGGAUGGUUAGGCUUUUGUUUAUUAAGCUAUCAAGUUUCUUUUUACGGGUAAUUCAGAUGACAAUUAGCUAGUGUUUGUUUGUUUGUUUUGUGACGGCUAUUACUGGUUUUUCUGACUUGACUAUUUUGAUCACGGAUAGCUUUGUAUGAAGGUGAAAUGAUUGUAGAAUCGUCUUUGAUAAAGCAAUGGUUUGUAGCUUUUGGAAUGGAAGCAAUGGUUCCUUUCUU